AUGGAUUCUCAUGUCAGAUACUUAGAUGAACUCAAGUUGGCGAUUAAAGAGUCCCGUUUGAUACAGCCUUUUGCUGCUGAUGGUGGUCAUUCGAAUGAGAAUGGCGAGACGAGUAACGAUGAUCUGAAGAGUCUCAAGAUCCUUAAUACCAUGAUUCGGAACUUACGAAAUGCUGAAAGAAAUGAUAUAAUUGAAAAUAACAGGAUUUUUGCUAGCUCGGUCGAAGUAUUGGACCUUUUGAUUCGAUCGAAGCCGUACCUUCUGAAACAAUCUGAAAAUAAAGGUGAUCUCACAACGCUGGUUUCCGAUUUACUAGAUAUAUCAAUACUUAACUACAUGGUCCCUCACAGAAUGUGGUUUUUGCGACGAAAGUUGGGCGGUUGGUGUAAUGCAACUGUUUUACUAUACGGAAAUCAAUGGAAGUUAAAACUAUCGGAAUUCAUUUCAGAGAUUGUGGCUAAAUGUGAGAAGAACUUGAUGCAAGUGUUUGCAGAUGGAUGUGAGAAAGAAUUCUUAAUCCACAAUUUGAGAAGACUCUAUGUUAUCUUUUACUGGCUCGCGGGACCUCCAGAUGUAUUUGGCAACUCACUAACAAUGUCAAAUUCUUCUCUAGGCGUAAACUUGUGGGAUUUUCACUUUCAAAAACUGAUACGAAUGGUCUUUUAUCUAUUCAGUUCGUUGCAGGAGCACAAGUUAGGGGAUGAGCUCGCACAGCUACCAGCCAAAUAUCUGUCGUUGGUGGUAGAGUAUUUUAUCAACAAGACGGCGUAUUACGCACCUGAUUCCCAAGCCUUUUCUGCAGAUCAGCUAAGAUUUACACUUAAUAUAAUGAGCAUGUUUCUCAGAAACAAGUUUGGGCGCCGGGAAGAUGAUCUCGUCAUUUCAAAGUGUUUGUUACGGGUGUAUUCGAUGUGUGUACCCAAAAAAGGUGAUCAAGUCAAUGAUAAUAUAUCCAUAUUCACCGAGAAUUUCCCCCUAGCAGAAGGUUUCGACGCUAGAGAGAUUUUGAGUGCAGCAGAACCGGAAACCACUUUAAUACCAUAUACCAACAUGGCUUUAUAUCUGAUACAGGUUGAUAUACGAAGACGAACAACACCCAUCAGCGAACUGAAAUUUGACAUCGAAAGUAGAGUAUGGUAUUCUGAAGCAGACGACUACGAACUAUUAAAGCGCCUUUCAACGCAUUACACAUCGAAUGACUCUCAGUUUGAAGGCCUCUACUAUUAUUUGCUCCGAAACUUUUAUCCAGUUUCUGAAACAGGCCGAUCCUUACCACUCUCACUGAUCCCAAGUGAAAUAACACUCAAACCUAAUGAUAAUUUGGAAACACUAAUGAUGCAAUUAGCAAGAAUUAUAAAGGCAAAACUAUUGGAGAAGAAUUUCAGUGACCUCAUUGGCCUAAUCAAAACACUAGGCAAAUUAGCAUGUUUCGAAUCUGAAGCAGAGAGAGCAAACAUUAAGCUAGAAAAGUGGGAGACAUGUAUGAUUUGCGAUUCUAUCCAUCAGGGCAGCAUAUACCGUCUUAUAGACACAGACAGGCCCAAGUCAGAAAAUUGUAUGUCAUACAAGCUGCUAAACAAGAUUUUACUGUCGAAUCCAGAACUCAUAAGCUUCCCUGAGUCGUUACUUGCGGCACUCUUGAUUACACUACAGCGAAUAUUCACUCAUUAUCAACCGCCCCAGCUAUCAGACUUUCAGGUUGCGACUCCUAAGAAGCAUCCCUUGGCAUUUGUGGAAGGUUGCUUUGUCAAUACUAGCAGAUAUCUGCGAGUUCUAAGUGCAAGACUCAUUCCGCUGUGGAAUGUUUCGAGUUAUAACUCUGAUGAUCAAAACACGGCAGCACUCGUCCAAUUUUUGCAAAAUAAUGAUGCACCGUAUGCGACUGAAACCUCCGUCAUGGCCUGGGCGCAGCUGGCUAUAACUGCUUCCGGCGAAGUUUUUGACACGCUUCUACUGAAGCUGAUAGAUAUUUUCAAUUCCCAUGACUACGCUCUGCAUAUAAUGGUCGCGUUCCAAAUAAGAAGCGUAGCAUUGACACUUGGAAAAACUCCAUAUCAAUUACUCUCUCCUAUUCUUCCCAUACUUUUAAGGCAAAUAGGUAAAAAUCUUUUGGAGAGAAGAGUUUCUUUCCAGCGGCUGAUUUGGCUACUGGGUUACUCCGCUAAGACAAUCCUCGAGAUCUAUCAAAGGUACAUUAUUCCACAUGCUGUGACCCAGUACAAGUCUGAUGUCUUUAGUGAAAUUGCUCGGAUUAUGAGCGACGGAGACGUAACACAGCUUAAUGAGACAAAGAAGAUACUUUUAGACAAAAAUAGCAGGCAGAUAUUCGCCGUGGCUCUAGUAAAACACGGGCUUUUGUCAAUUGAUACUUUGGAAUCUUUAUUUUCGAAUCGAGUGCCAUCAUUUGAUAAAAGAUACAUUUCAGCUUAUCUUCCUGAUUAUAAGACUUUGGCAGAAGUUCUGAAGCUCUCUAAAACCGAUUCAGUGGACGGGUCAACGUCAACAGGCAAUGACGAUGCGGUAUUAAUCGCUUUGCGAUACGUAAUGACAAACUUCGACAAAGACAAGAGACAUGGGUCCAAAUAUAAGAAUAUCUCGGAUUGGAACUCAGAACAAGAGCAACGUUUCCAAAAAAAGCUUCAAGAGCACAUCUUAGGGAUUUUCCAGGUUUUCUCAAGUGAUAUACACGAUGCCGAAGGGAGAACAACGUACUUCGAAAAACUCCGUGUUGUUAAUGGUAUCGCUUUUCUCAUCAAACAAGCAGCCAGGAAAUCGAUUAUCGCUUCUUUGGCCCAGAUAAGCAUUUGCUUGCAAACUGGACUUGAAAUAUACGAAGUCAGACCGAGCGCACUGAAAUGUUGGAAGCUUCUUGUAUUGACCUUGGAUGAAGAGGAGCUCGCUACUGUCAUUGAUGGUCUGAUAUGUUUUAUUCUUCAAAGGUGGGAUGAGUUCGACAGUAAAUUAAACGAAACUGUUAAUGACGUGUUAGAUAUACUCGUGAAGUACAAAAGAAACCUUUUACUGAAAAUAAAGCCAUAUCUUACAUUGGCUCUAUUAACAAAGAAAGAAGCCGAUGUGUUAUCAAGAGAUGGGAAUUUUGCUCGAGCUGUUAGUCAUGUUAUCAACAGCACGGACUGGGUAUCUGUAUUUGCAAGCAAUCUAAAGAGCACGAACAAAUACGUGAUUCAUCAAACUUUAGACGAUUUAGAAAUUUAUCUAAAGAGAAAGCAAACAGAACGGUCCGCUGAAUUGUUCAACAAAGUUGACCCUGUUACAAGUGUCAUCGUUGUACUUGGAUCGCUGCUUGACACAUCGCACAAAUUUAAGAGUACUGAUGGACUAUUAUGCGAAAAAAGUGCAAGAUGUAUCAGCAUUAUUGGAGCAUUGGAUGCAACAAAGCAUAAAAUACCAAGAGGUUCCACAGCAACAAACGAGGUUUAUGACCUUAAUAACCACAAUCAAACUAUAAGUUUUCUCAUCUGGGUCACCAACGAUAUUUUAGUCCCCGCUUUCUGGCAGAGUGAAAAUCCAAGCAAGCAACUAUUUGUAGCCCUUGUGAUGCAAGAAUCGCUCAAAUUUUGUGGCUUGAGCUCUGCUUCUUGGGACGUCAAUAAAAGAGAACUUUAUCCAAAAGAAUCAACGUUGUGGGACAGAUUUAACAACAUUUCCAAGACCACCUUGUACCCGCUUCUUUCUUCUCUAUAUCUGGCUCAAUCGUGGAAAGAAUAUGUGCCGCUUCGAUAUCCUUCAUACACGUUUAGAGAUGGCUAUGUGCCAUGGAUAAAAAAUGUAUGUUUAGACCUUCUCAAGACUGGAACAGAUGAAGAUCAUCCGCUGCAUGUGUUUUCGUCCUUGAUAAGAGAAGACGAUGGCUCAUUCUCAAACUUCCUGCUCCCCUACGUUCUGAUGGAUGUCAUAAUCAAGGCCGAUCCAGAUACUAAUCACGCAGUAAUCAUGUCUAACAUCAUCGAAGAAUUCAAAAGUAUUUUUGAGAUUGACUUGGAUGGUCUGAAUCAUUUACAGAUAGAUUCUUUAAAAAUGUGCUAUCAGUCGAUCUUUCGUGUUUUCGAGUACUGCAAGAAAUGGAUUACUCAAUAUAAACAGGCAUAUUAUCAGUCCAAUGGCACCUUCAUUAUCAAAGAACUUAAACUGAUUGGGAUGCUGAGAAGAAUAGAGGAUUUUCUGGAUUCAUUCCCACCUGUGCUGCUAGCACAACGAUCGCUGCAAACAAACUCUUUUGAGAGAUCUGCACUUUAUUUGGAGAAAUGUUAUAGGCAAAAGCUUGAUCAAAGCCUGCAAGAUGAGCCACUUUUGAGGUCGUUACAGAAAACCUACGAAGAGAUAGGUGAUAUAGAUUCAAUCGAUGGCUUACUGAAGACGUUCAGCAGUGGACGGCUGGCUUCCAAAAUCGAAGAGCUGCAAUACUCUGAGAAUUGGAAAAUGGCACAAGAUUGCUACGAUACUCUUGGAUCAUUUGCAGAUGAGUCGGUCGCACAAACCAAAAUGUUGACAUCCAUGUACGAUCAUCAGCUUUAUUCAAAGCUACUCGUUCAUCUUGAACGGUUAGCCAAUGGAAGGCAGCAGGUGCUAAAUGAUGAGAUGACCCAGUGGUAUAAAAUGGGUAUGGAAGCUGCCAACUUGGAAGGAAAGUUUGAAGGUCUAAGUCACUGGAUUGACCGAGUUGAGACCUUACGAGAGGUCAAAGAUCCAGAGCUUCUACUACAAUAUAAUACUGCGAGGGCAUUGAGCUAUGUUAGAGCGGGACACUAUCACAAAGUUCGGCGAUACUUGGAUAGGUGCUUCAAGAUAACCGGAAUUCAUUUCACGGCAUCCACUAUCGCCACCACUUUGCUAAAGAAGCAGGCGUUGCUAAUGAAGCUUCACAGUCUCCACGACAUAUCGCUGCUAUCUGCAAGCAAUGAUGGUUCGCAGUUUCAAAACAGCACGGAGACUUUGGACUUUCGCAUGAGACGGGUCGGUGCAGAUUUUGAACCAAAUCAUUACAUCCUGUCCAUGAGAAAAUCCUACGACCGUCUCAAAGAGGAGCCUUACAGUGUGGGAGAUCUGGGCACGACUUUCUUUAAUUUAUCCAGACUUUGUCGGGAUAGCUCUAGACUUGAUCUCGCCUCCGAGUCACUAAUGCAUUGUUUGCAAUAUAACCAUCCACAAACAGAGUUAGAGUUUGCUGAAAUACUACUGAAGCAAGGUGAAAAUGACAGAGCUGUUAAACUGGUCAGGGAAAUAAACGAAAAGUACAAAGAUGAUCCAAUGCUAAAACCACGGGAUAAGGCCAUUGUUCUUCUCAAGUAUACGGAGUGGCUGGAUUUAACAAACAAUUCGGCGUCCGAACAAAUCAUUGAGCAGUAUCAAAAGAUCUUUCAACUUGAUCCACAAUGGGAUAAGCCUUAUUACUCAAUUGGCUUAUAUUAUAGUAAGCUACUGGAGAGGAAAAAGGCAGAAGGAUAUGUGACGAACGGGAAACUGGAAUAUAUGUCCAUUUCAUACUUCUUGCUGGCUUUUGAAAAGAACACUAUCAAGGUUAGGGAAAUAUUGCCUAAGGUUGUCACUUUUUGGCUUGAUAUCGCGGCAGAAUCUAUAAAAGAACGAGUAGCCAGUAGGCGUGAAGCAUUGAGGCAAGCGACUGAGGACAUAUGCAGACAUAUCGAAGAGGCUCUUCGCAAUAGCCCAGCAUACAUUUGGUACCCGGUCCUAACUCAAUUACUAUCCAGGUUAUUACACGACCAUCCGUUAACCUCGGAGCUGAUAACUAAAAUUCUACUGAAUCUCACUGUCGAAUAUCCAUCACACAUACUCUGGUAUAUUUCCGUAUUGCUCAAUUCAACAUCAUCUUCUCGAGUCAGUCGUGGAAGAGAGAUUAUCGAGAAAUACAGAAAACAUGCCGAUAGUGCCCAAAAAUUGGUCUCAGAUGCAGCUGAUUUAACGACAGCUUUUACCAAAGUUUGCCUCAAGGAUAUCAAAAAUAUCAACAGCAGGUCAGGAAGAUCGCUUGAAAGAGAUUUCCGAUUUGAUAUGUCAAUGGCUCCCUCUGAUAUGGCUGUUCCUGUAAGGGUUAACUUGGAGAUGGUCUCACCGCUUUCCGCUCAGUCGAUGAAAUCAUUCAGGCCGUUCCAGCCUGUCGUCACGAUUGCAAGGUUUGGGUCAUCUUACAAAGUAUUCUCCUCUUUGAAAAAGCCAAAGAAACUGAGUGUUAUUGGCUCCGAUGGUAGAGUCUAUGGGAUUAUGUGUAAGAAGGAAGAUGUCCGGCAGGACAAUCAGUACAUGCAGUUCGCCACGACUAUGGAUUUUUUACUAAAACGGGAUGUUAAUUCAAUGAAAAGAGAUCUUGGCAUAACAACUUAUUCCGUUCUCUCAUUAAGAGAGGAUUGUGGGUUGCUUGAGAUUGUUCCUAAUGUUAUUACGUUAAGAUCAAUCUUUGUCACAAAAUAUGAGAGCUUGAAGAUCAAAUAUAGCCUCAAGAAUUUGUGCGAGAAGUGGCAACAUACACCUGAAAACCAAAAAUUACAGUUCUACCGUGAGCAGCUCAGUUCUUUCCCUCCCAUCUUGUACCAGUGGUUUCUAGAGACAUUCCCGGAUCCUAUAACUUGGUUUAAUGCGAGAAAUACCUAUGCGAGGUCAUACGCAGUGAUGGCAAUGGUCGGACAUAUCCUUGGUCUUGGAGAUAGGCACUGCGAGAACAUCCUUUUGAAUAUUGAGACCGGUGGAGUGCUGCAUGUUGAUUUCGAUUGUCUCUUUGAGAAAGGAAGACGCUUACCUGUCCCAGAAAUUGUACCAUUCCGUUUAACUCAGAAUCUACAUGAUGCUUUGGGAGUUGUUGGCACAGAAGGGACAUUCAAGAAAUCAAGUGAAGUAACAGUUUCGCUUAUGAGGGAUAAUGAAGUUUCACUGGUCAAUGUUAUUGAGACUAUAAUGUACGAUCGUAAUAUGGACAGCUCCAUCCAAAAAGCUCUUAAAGUCCUGAGGAACAAAAUACGAGGGAUAGAUCCACGCGAUGGCCUUGUACUAAGUGUUCCAGGACAGGUUGAAGCUUUGAUACAGGAGUCCACUUCGGAAGAGAAUCUAAGCAAGAUGUACAUAGGUUGGCUGUCAUUUUGGUAG